AUGCAGCCAGCAAUGAUGAUGUUCUCCAGUAAAUACUGGGCAAGAAGGGGCCUGUCUCUGGAUUCCGCUGUGCCCCUGGAACACCCUCUACAUGGCAACGUAACUCUAAACAGAACCAGUUCUGGUAAAAACGAUGAUAAAAAGGACAAUAAAGGUGCAAGCAAGAAUGAAUCAACAUCAGAAGGAGGAAAGACCGCUGUGGUGUUUUCUUUGAAAAAUGAAGUUGGUGGCUUGGUGAAAGCUCUCAGACUUUUCCAGGAGAAGCAUGUGAGUAUGGUUCAUAUUGAAUCAAGAAAAUCCAAGAGAAGGAGUUCAGAGGUAGAAAUUUUUGUGGACUGUGACUGUAGCAAGAAAGAAUUCAAUGAGCUCAUUCAGUUGUUAAAGUAUGAAACGAACAUUGUAACUCUGAAUCCACCGGAAAACAUCUGGACCGAUGAGGAAGAGCUUGACUGUGUUCCUUGGUUCCCCAGGAAGAUUGCUGAAUUAGACAAAUGUUCCCAAAGAGUUCUAAUGUACGGCUCUGAACUGGAUGCAGAUCACCCUGGAUUUAAGGACAAUGUGUAUCGGCAGAGAAGGAAAUAUUUUGUCGACGUUGCCAUGAAUUAUAAAUAUGGCCAGCCAAUCCCUAGAGUGGACUAUACACCUGAAGAAAUAAAAACUUGGGGAGUGGUGUUCAGGGAGCUGACCAAACUGUAUCCUACUCACGCCUGUCGAGAGUAUUUGAAGAACUUCCCUUUGUUGACCAAGCAUUGUGGCUACCGAGAGGAUAAUGUCCCUCAGCUGGAGGAUGUUUCUAUGUUUCUUAAAGAAAGGUCUGGAUUCACAGUCAGACCAGUUGCUGGAUAUUUGUCGCCUCGUGAUUUCUUAGCUGGCCUUGCCUAUCGAGUUUUCCACUGUACUCAGUACAUACGCCAUGGCUCUGAUCCUCUCUACACUCCAGAACCGGAUACAUGCCAUGAACUUCUGGGGCACGUGCCUUUGCUCGCUGACCCUAAAUUUGCCCAGUUUUCCCAAGAGAUUGGACUGGCCUCCCUGGGAUCUUCUGAUGAGGAUGUCCAAAAACUUGCAACUUGCUAUUUUUUCACUAUUGAAUUUGGCCUUUGUAAGCAAGACGGGCAACUCCGGGCUUACGGAGCAGGGCUUCUAUCUUCCAUUGGAGAACUCAAGCACGCUCUGUCUGAUAAAGCCAGUGUGAAAACAUUUGAUCCAAAGACAACCUGCUUGCAAGAAUGCCUUAUCACGACUUUCCAGGAAGCUUACUUUGUCUCUGAAAGUUUUGAAGAAGCCAAAGACAAAAUGAGGGACUUUGCAAAAUCAAUCAACCGUCCCUUUUCAGUAUAUUUCAACCCAUACACCCAAAGCAUUGAAAUUCUGAAAGACACCAGAAGUAUUGAAAACGUUGUCCAGGAUCUUCGGAGUGACCUGAACACAGUGUGUGACGCUUUAAGCAAAAUGAACAGAUACUUGGGGAUAUGAGUUAUCCAGUGUUGUGGGAUUUGGAGUGUAGCUACCUUAACACCAUUAUGCGAUGCGAUGUCUGUUCCUUCUCUGUUGCAUGACCGUUACACUUCCUUAGUGUGUGAUAUUAUCCGACUGUCGCUUCAGAUACGCCAGUGCUAACACGCAGAUCCGCAAGGAAGUGGAACAUGUAUCCUUUGCUUAUUUGUUUCAAUGUUUAGCUUGCCACGCAGCUUUUAAAAAGCUCCCAGGGCAGCUUACAAGCACAUAAAAUGAAUACACUUCAAUAAAAAGCAAAUACGUCAAUAAAAAUGCACAUAUUAAAGACAAAAAAAGCAUCCAUCAUCAUCAUCAUCAAGCAAUAGCAGCUGUAAGCAAAAUUACAAUAAGAACUGCAUUUUUAAAAAAGUUUAUGUUCUCUGAUACUAAAUGGUUCUCACUAGCCUAGCAGACAGAUCUGAUGACUUCAGUUGAGGGGAUUGUACCAUAAAUGUGACACCACAACAAAAAAGGCACUGUCCCUUGUACCAGCCACCUUGAUCUCAGGCAAUGCUGGCCCAAGCAUGCCUCAAAAUGGCACUCCGCUUCCCACCAGCGAGGAAGGGACGAGUGAAGAUCAGGAACAGGGGGCAAAGGAGAGAAAGAUUGACACUGGGAUCUGCUGCCUUUGUGGAUCUGCCGCCAGAGAUGAUCACCUCCCCUAGCCUCAUGGGUGGGCCGGCCCUGUACUUAAAGCAGGGCCAGAAUGGGGAAGUUCAUGCAGAGAGUACCUGGGAAUCAACCUAUUUAAAGAUCUAAAAGUUUAGUCCAACACUUUAAAUUGUGUCCUGAAACAAACUGGGAGUUAGUGUGAUUCUUUCCACAUAGGCAUAAUGUGCCACCGAGUGAUCCAAAACCUUGACAAGGAGAAGCACGGUGGGGGACAUUGGCAGAUGCACUACAGCACCCAGCGCUCUGCCACCUUCUGAACCAGUUGAUGUUUCUGGAAAGUUCUUAAAGGUAGCGCCAUGCACAGUACAUUACAACAGUUCCAGUUUUGAGGUUAUCAAGGAAUCCAUGGCCACGUCACUCUCCUCUAGAACAGGUUGCACAGAUGAAGCUGCUGAAAGGAACUUGGGUCUCUGGGAGCACAAUAAGGUCCAGGAGACUGUCUAAGAAUAUACUUCCUUGAUAUAAGCCUGCAAAGCCCUGAUAUAGCCAGAAGUUCAGACGUGUUUAUGAGCUGGUUUGCACGCGUUCGCUCAUUCAUCACUUUGCUACCUCAGCUUUGAGUGUUGAUUUGCAUGUCUGACCCAAAUGAACACCUCAUCAUGAGCUCAACCACAAUGCUUUACAGUGCAGCCCUCACUUUCAGCCAUGGGUCAUUGAGUGUUGAGUAAUAAAGUGAUGUACAGAGAU